CCUCUUUAAAGCCCGGGUCCAGGAUCCCAGCAGGCGCUGCUCCUGCACCCUGCGAAGCCACCAUGGUUCUACUGGGCAGUAACUCAGCGGCUUUACUGGGAGUCAGCGUCUUCAUCGCUGCCCUGACCUACGUCACCUACAAGCUGCUCGCCGGCUACCUGCACAAAUGGCUGGAGAUGAAGCCGAUCCCGGGGGUGCCGGGGACCGUCCCCUUCAUCGGCAACGCCCUGCAGUUCAAAACCAACGCAGGAGAGUUCUUUCGUCAAAUUCAGCAAUACACCGUGGAGUUCAGCAAACUACCGCUGCUUAAACUCUGGGUCGGACCGCUGCCUUUUGUGGUUCUGUUUCACGCUGAGACUGUUGAGACGCUUCUCACCAACAGCGUCCACAUUGACAAGUCCUAUGCUUACAAGUUCCUCCACCCUUGGCUUGGAACCGGGCUACUCACUAGCACCGGCCGUAAGUGGCGCCAGCGGCGGAAGAUGUUGACCCCCACCUUCCACUUUUCCAUCCUGAGCGACUUCCUGGAGGUGAUGAAUGAGCAGGCGGAGGUCCUGGUGGAGAAGCUGGAGCAGCAGGCCGCGAAGGGUCCCUUCAACUGCUUCAGCCACAUCACCCUCUGUGCCCUGGACAUCAUCUGUGAAACUGCAAUGGGGAAGAAGAUUCACGCCCAGAGUAAUUCUGACUCGGAAUACGUCCGAAGCGUGUACAAAAUGAGCGACAUCAUCAGCCGCAGACAGAGGACUCCCUGGUUCUGGCCCGACUUCGUGUACUACUACUUCGGCGAAGGCCGGGAGCACGACAGGACCCUGAAGAUCCUCCACUCCUUCACGUACGACGUGAUAAAGGAGAAAGCGGAGGCCGCGGGCGACGCCGGGUCGGACAGCGACUCCGACGAGGGCGCGAGGAAGAGACGGGCCUUCCUGGACAUGCUCCUGAAGACCACCGACGAGCACGGCGGCCAGAUGAGCCACGAGGACAUCCAGGAGGAGGUGGACACCUUCAUGUUCCGGGGUCACGACACCACCGCGGCCGCCAUGAACUGGGCUGUGCAUCUGCUGGGCUCCCACCCGGAGGCGCAGGGCAAAGUUCAGCAGGAGCUUCAGGAGGUGUUCGGCGCGUCCGACCGCCCCGCUACCAUUGAGGACCUGAAGAAGCUCAAAUACCUGGAGUGUGUGAUCAAGGAGGCGCUGCGCCUGUUUCCCUCGGUGCCUUUCUUCGCCCGCAGCAUCUGUGAAGACUGUCAUAUCAAUGGGUUUAAGGUUCCCAAAGGCGCCAACGCCAUCGUCAUCACCUACGCUCUCCACCGGGACGCGCGGUACUUCCCGGAACCGGAGGAAUUCAGGCCAGAGCGUUUUCUGCCUGAGAACUCGGUGGGGCGGCCGCCCUACGCCUACAUCCCCUUCUCUGCCGGACUCCGCAACUGCAUCGGUCAGCGCUUCGCACUGAUGGAGGAAAAGGUGAUUUUGUCGUCCAUCCUGCGCCACUUCAGCGUUGAAGCCUGUCAGAACCGGGACGAGCUGCAGCCGGUGGGAGAACUCAUCCUCCGGCCCGAGAAGGGAAUCUGGAUCAAACUGGAGAAGAGGGCGGGGGGACCUCUGACCUCGUCAAACUAGCAUCAGCUCCUCAGCUUCCUCGGAGGCACUCAGUCUGCUGAGUCCACGCACAAGUCUUAGAAUCCAGAGUCGCUGAUAGAUUUAUCUCUUUAUUGUCAUGAACCAUGAAAUACAACUGAUAAACAGUGCAACAGAAUGUUAAUUUUUAACCUCCGUGUUGCACUUGAUUCUUCUGUGAUGAUAAUAAUUCUUGUUGUGCUUUUACAGUAGAGUACAGUAAAGUAUGAUUUCACAGCAGCACUGGUCUCUAAUUAAGGUAUCUGAUGGUGAGACUCCUGCAUGUGUUACACUGUGAAAUCAAAAACGUGAAUAAAAUAAUUACACACAGUCUCAUUGUUGGUCAAG